UAUUUGCAAGAGUGGCAACACCCAUUGCCAAAUCAAAUAUGGCGGACAUGAAUUUACUGUGAAGUUGGAGAAUUUCAGUGUGUGUACGGAAAAGUCAAUGAUUAAAAGUGAACAAAUAAUACAAUUUUAUUAAGAUUUUGCUUAACGCUAAGGCUUUUAUACAGACACCUUCAAAUUGUUUUUUUGAUUUGAUACCAACAUAUUUACAUAUAUAUUUUUUUGGAAAUAAAAACUCUCUUACAAAGCCAGCCAAAAAUAAAAUCUUUCUUCGUACGCCCAUAUGAAAUCUUAAUGAAAUGGAAAUUAUUGGACUACCACUAUGAAUGUCUAAUGGGAGCAGAGCAACAAAUACGUACUUAGCAGCAGUCAGACUUGUCACACCUCUCCAAGAGUUGCAUCUGUAGAACCGAACUUGACGCAACACAACACACCAGCAGGAUCGUCAUAUGAACGAGCGAAGACGACGUGCCCCCCUCUUUACUUAAUGUGGAACCUACAUUUAAGGAAUGUUUAGCCGAACAACAAGAGGAAUAAAAUAUCAUCAUCUACAGCAACAACACCACCUAUAGAACAGAUCGUUUGUGGGAUCAUAGCCUGGAAAACUUUAAGGAAGUGGAACACCAAAACUUUUAAAGAUUUUCUGUAACCAAAUUUUGUGGUGGUGAUUCUCGAUAUUCUCCCGCCAAUAAUCAUCACACACCCCCGCGCACACAAAACCCAAUAAGACGUGGUGACACCUGCCAAAGGCAACAGGCAAAGACGCAGAAGAAGAGCAUUAACGAAAACAACAGCUACAACAACAACAACAACAUUGUCAUUGUGUUUACCUUUUCGUGUUUUAGCAAUUAGGAAACCCUAGUAUUUGUGGUAAAAUUACGAAUGAAUUAAAAAUAAUGUCAACAACAAUGCGCACGACACUGCAAACAGUUCCUGAGUCGUUGCCCGCCGCCGAUAAUAGUGCAGCCGUAGCAGAGGGCAAUGCAACAUCGAAGCUGCUGACAUCGUCCACAAUAACAGCAACGUCGGGUGGUGGCAGCAACACGGCCGGUACCACCACGACGACGACGAAUGGCACAACAACCCCAACGACAAAUGCUGCUGCCGUGACAUCGCAACAACAAACAGCCCAACCACAAUCCUCACAAUCGCAUCAGCAGCAGCAGCAGCAGCACAGUGUGCAUAGUUCAGUGCAAUCGGUACAAGAUACUCAUCAUGACUCCACAAAUGCAAAUACCAUUGUACUGCCUUCGACGACUACAUCUUCAUCGACCGUUGCCAAUAAUGUAACGCCAGCCAAUAAUACGGCCACUUGCACUUCGAGCAUUGCAACAUCUUUAGCCAAUGCCAAUCAGACACAAAACAAUAGUUCUUACCAACAACAACAACAGCCGCCACCAGCCCAGCAACAACAACAUCAUGCACCAUCUACACCAUCACAAUCAUCGCAAUCGUCGUCGCAUCAUUGCCAUGUUGCUGGUGGUGUAGCGACAAAUUCCGUUACGGAUGGUGGCUCUCGCUCAUCAGCAGCAGCAGCGGCGGCUGUGAACUCCUCCGGCGGCGGCGGCAGUGGCGGUGGUGGUUCUUCGUCUUCAUCCAAUCAUCAUCACCAUCAUCAUCAUGUGAGUGGUGGUGGCGGUGGUAGCAGUGGCGGUAAUGCUGUUGUCUCCGGCGGUGGUGGCGGCGGCGGUGGAGGUACAUCGAUAAUAAGCAAAAACGUUGUUAGUGGUCAUUCAAAUUCGGCGACAUCGGCUUUAAAACAAAGGACUUCUUCAUCAGCAAAGGGAUCUCCCAAUAUGGCUAUACGCAGCAGUGCGCCCAUGCGUUGGCGUGCUACUGAGGAGCAUAUUGGCAAAUACAAACUAAUUAAGACAAUUGGCAAGGGUAAUUUUGCUAAAGUGAAAUUGGCCAAACAUUUGCCCACCGGCAAGGAGGUGGCCAUCAAAAUAAUUGACAAAACCCAGUUGAAUCCUGGUUCGCUGCAAAAGCUGUUUAGAGAGGUUAGAAUAAUGAAAAUGCUCGAUCAUCCCAAUAUUGUGAAACUGUUUCAAGUCAUUGAAACUGAAAAGACGUUGUAUUUGGUUAUGGAAUAUGCGUCGGGUGGAGAAGUUUUCGAUUAUUUGGUGUUACACGGCCGCAUGAAGGAAAAGGAGGCAAGAGUUAAAUUCCGUCAGAUUGUUUCAGCUGUGCAAUAUUGUCACCAAAAGCGUAUAAUACAUAGAGAUUUAAAAGCCGAAAAUCUAUUAUUAGAUAGUGAGUUAAACAUAAAAAUAGCCGAUUUUGGUUUUUCCAAUGAGUUCACACCUGGCUCCAAAUUGGACACAUUCUGUGGCAGUCCACCGUAUGCGGCACCCGAACUAUUCCAGGGUAAAAAAUAUGAUGGUCCCGAGGUAGAUGUUUGGUCAUUAGGUGUUAUUUUAUACACACUUGUGAGUGGGUCAUUGCCAUUCGAUGGCUCAACAUUACGAGAAUUAAGGGAACGUGUGCUCAGAGGCAAAUAUAGGAUUCCAUUCUACAUGUCUACUGACUGUGAAAAUCUAUUGCGCAAAUUCCUAGUAUUGAAUCCGGCUAAACGUGCUAGUCUCGAAACCAUCAUGAGCGACAAAUGGAUGAAUAUGGGGUUUGAAGAUGACGAACUGAAGCCUUACGUUGAACCCAAACAAGAACUGGGCGAUGUCAAACGGAUAGAAGCUCUUGUGGCAAUGGGCUAUAAUAGACAGGAAAUCGAGGCAUCAUUGUCUCAAGUACGUUACGAUGAUGUGUUCGCAACAUAUUUAUUGCUGGGAAGAAAAAGUACUGAUCCUGAAAGUGAUGGCUCUCGUUCGGGUUCUUCACUUUCAUUACGCAAUAUCGGUAAUGAUGGAACUGCAAUUUCGGCAAAUACUUCGGUACAAAGCCCAACGCACCGUGGUGUCCACAGAAGUAUUUCGGCUUCUAGUACAAAACCAAGUAGAAGGGCAUCCUCUGGGGCUGAUACUUUACGUGUAGCACCCGGUGGCAAUGCUGCGGCUCAAGUUGUUACUACAGGAACAGCUGGUACCGUUCCGACCAGCACUAAUUAUGCAAUUGCUGGCACUGGAUCAACAGCGGAAAGAUCUUCAAUAAGUAGCAACUUCAAGCGCCAAAAUACCAUAGAUUCAGCAACCAUAAAAGAGAAUACAGCACGUCUAUCGGCUCAAAAUCAAAGGCCGGCCUCAGCCACUCAUAAACUGUUGACGACACAAGAUACAUCUAUUAGUAGUCCGAAACCACGUUACACGCCUAAAUAUGAUCCCACAAACAGUAGUAAUCGUCCAUCGGCCACGGUUAGCAUGAUGCCAAGACGUUCUACCACUUUAUACGAGAAGACUUCUUCAACUGAGAAAACCAAUGCUAUUUCAACAGACUCAAACGUUUUCAACGAUCUUAGAGUGACAUCGGCUGUUAAAUCUGGCAGACAUUUUCCCAGGAAUGUACCAUCACGUUCAACCUUUCAUUCGGGUCAAACAAGGCCACGAAACAAUACUGCUUUGGAAUAUUCGGCCACAGGUGGUGUGCCCGGCGAAUCACCUCAUCCAGGUCGCAUGAGUUUCUUUUCCAAACUCUCCUCAAGGUUUAGUAAACGCAGCAACUCUAACACCGAAGAAUCCGCUAAGCCCCGGGUAUUGCGAUUUACCUGGUCAAUGAAAACAACAUCGCCUCUGAUGCCAGAUCAAAUAAUGCAAAAGAUUAGAGAAGUUCUCGAUCAAAAUAACUGUGACUAUGAGCAGCGUGAAAGAUUCGUUUUAUGGUGUGUACAUGGAGACCCAAAUACCGAUUCAUUGGUACAAUGGGAAAUUGAAGUAUGUAAACUUCCACGUUUGUCUCUAAAUGGAGUACGUUUUAAACGCAUUUCUGGUACUAGUAUAGGCUUUAAAAAUAUCGCUUCACGUAUUGCGUUCGAUCUACGACUGUGAUUCUGUCAGGAGAAGGGAGAAACUCUUAAUAAAAUUAACGAUUCUACUACCGUAUGAAGCAAAAACAACAACAACAUCCACAGCAACAAAAUGAAGGAGAUUACUUCCCCCAGGAAAAAUUAUGUAAAAUCCCCGGUUUAUUCAUCCCCCAAAAAUUUAAGAAAGAAAGAACAAUGGAUCUAAAUAAUCUAAAUAAACACUCACAACAUAAAGUUACAUAUUUAUAAACUUCAAUCUCAUGAUGACAUCAAUAACAAUGUUUAAAAUGUUUCAUAUAACAAACCUCACACACACACAUAAACAAAAAAAGCAUUUAAAGUGAACAAUAAUAGUAAAACUAGGAUUUUCUAAAUGUGCUAAAAAAAAGUCAACAAUUUCUUGCAUCAAUUUGCCUUUCGGCAUCUCAUAAAACUAAUAAUUGUGUUUUGAAAUUCAAAACAAGAAGAUUUAGUUGAUGGCCUUCUAAAGCUAAUUUGAUGUGUGGCCAUGAAGCCUUAGGAAAUUGAUUAUUUGGCACAAUUGUUAUGUGGGGUACACAUCAUCAAACAAGAUUUUAGAUGCAAGUACAAAAAAAAACCUUGAAGUCAUGUCUAGACAUAUUAAUGUCAAAUUAUAACAGAAAACGGCGGCAGGUUUUUAAUGCGGCUCUGUAAUUCCUUUAUGAAAUGUCACAAAAUAUGCCUAGCCAUGACUUCAAGUUUCUUAUGUAUUUACAACUUUUUUGUUUUAUGUUUUGUAACUUUCAAAUGAAAUUGGAAAACUUAACUGAUGGCGUUUACACCAUGGAAGAACCUAGUUUUAAGCUAAAAUCGAAAUAUCCACAUAUUUUCUUUACACAAACACAAAUCCUAAUUUUUUCAAAAAAAAAGAAAAAAACGCACACUUCUCCAUCUCUCCCUUCCCUUCCCCUUUCGCUCUCACACAACACACAUUCAUUCUUCAUACAUAUGUAGAAAAUUGCAAUCAAACUUGUUAAAUUAUAUAAUUAUUAUAUAUAAACACACACAUACAUAAAAUACAAACCUACAUGCAUAUAUUAAAAUAUAGAUACAAAAACACACAUACACAUAUAUACCACAUUGUGGUAUAAAUGUAUGUGUGAAUUCUAAUAAGUUCAUAAAAAAUAACUAUUAUACACAAAACCCACUCUAUUCUACCCGAACAAUAGAAUUCUCCCCGUGUUAUAUUUUAAGAAUGAAAAAAAACAAACCAAUCUUAUUAUAAUACAAAUAAUUUAAAACAAAACACUAAAGCACAAACAACAACAAAAUAUAAACAUUUUUUAUUGAAACAAGAAACAGAAAUAAAAUCAUCAAAAACAAACCACACACCACUCCCAUUACCUACUACAAUAUCAAUUGUUAUUAGAAAUCGAAAAUAAAACAAAAAAAUAGCAACAAAAACAACAACAACAAACAUUCAACAUCUUUAUUGAAAACGUAAGACAAAAAAAAACGAAAAACAAACAAGCAACAACUUGAUCUUUAAGAUAAUUAUAAGAAAGAAAAGGAAUAAUAUAGUAGUUGGUUUAAUAAUUCUGAGGGAAUCAAUCAUUUUAUUUGAAAAUUUUCAUUUAAAAAAUACUUCAAAACAAAAAAAAAUAGAAAAGAAAUUUAAUCAUCUAUGACCCACGCAUUAAUAAUGGUAGAAGAAUACAGGUAGAUGCAACAACGCUUGGGAACAUUGAUAUGUCAAAAAAUUUUAAAUGUCAUUUCAAAUAUAAGUAGAUUUUUAUAUGUAUGUUUUUAUAUGACGACGUCAAUCGAAGGUUAUUAUAAUACGCGUUUUUCAAAAAUGUUUACAAAUUUAAAUAAUUUUUCAUUCAACAUUUUCCAUUCCAAAUUUGGUUUGACAGUUCAUUGUACCAGCAGAUGUGUCGAUGCGUCUACAUAUAUUAUUCUACCAUGGUAACCAUGUACAUUUGCUAUUUAUUUUGAAAUCGUAAAAUAAAUUAACCACAUGUCAAAUCGCAAAGAUUUUCAACGAACUUAUAGAGUAAAGCUGCAAUAAGAACGUGUGUCAAUUGUGCAAAAACCUUAACCAUGACACAAUCAAUAGAAACUCCCAUGGUAGAAGAAUACAGGUAGAUGCAUCAACGCUUGGGAACAUUUAUAUCUCAACAUUUUUUUAUUGUUUUUUUUUUUUUUUUUCAAAAUUAAGUCGAUUUGUAUAUAUUUUCCUAUACGACGCCAAUCGGAGAUUGUUGUAAUAUGAAUUUUUCAAACAAUUAUUCCAAAUUUGAAUAAUUUUCCAUUCAAAAAUUUCAAUUCCGAAAUUGGUUUAAUAGUUCAAUGUCCCAGCAACUGUGCGUCGAUGCGACUACCUGUAUUUUCCUACAAUGUUUUCCACGAACUUGUAGAGUAAAGCUCCAAUAAUAACGUGUGUCAGUUGUACAAAAACGUUAACCGUGGCACAAUCAGUGGGAACUCCAUUUGAGCAGUUAAUCCCCUUAUUGUGAUUUAAAUCACAGUACAAAAUAUAAACAGCCAAAAAACGUAAACAAGUUUUGAAAUUUCGCGUGAUAAACAUGGUAGAAGAAUACAUGUCAUCAUUUAUAAAAUGUUUUGUCAGAAAUAAGUAGAUUUUUAUGUGUUUUCUUACACGACGCAAAUCGGAGGUUGUUCUGUUUUAACGAAUUUUAAUAAUUUUUCAUUCAAAAAUUUCAAUUACAAAAUUGGUUUGACAGUUCAUUGUCCCUGUAGCUGUGUCAAUGCGACUACCUGUAUUCUUUUACCAUGUUUUCAACUGUAAAGCUGCAAUAAGAACGUGUGUCAGUUGUGCAAAAACGUUAAUCAUGACACAAUCAGUAAGAAUUCCAUAUGCGCAGCUGAUCAUCUUAUUGUGAUUGAAAUCACAGUACAAAUUAAUAACAAACGACCAACAAAACGUAAACAAAUUUUGAUGUAUUUUUGUUUUGGUUGUGUUAUUGCACCAUGGCUAUAACCUCAUUUCAUAAAAGUGUAUAUUUUAUUUUUAAGAUUAUAAUAGGACGUAAAUUGUUGGAUGGGUAAAUCUUUUGAAAUAUUUAAGGUGCAAAAGAUCAAAGCUUAUAUGUAUGGCCAAACAAUAACGGGAAAAUACAAAACUGUUGUCAGUUUAAAAUGUCAUAUAUUUUACUACAUCUGUCAUGUUUAAAAUCACAAUAAUUGUCAACUUUGUAAUUAAUAAUUUGGUGGUCACAUUACCAUUUAAUGCAUUUUGCAAGGCCCAUUAAAAAUUCGUGGAAGAGUAAUGAAUAACUACCAUUGGGAUUAAAACCCCGUUAUACUUUUAAUACACAAUUACAUGCAUUUUGACAGUACAGAUAAAAUCAGCUGGUCUUAUUCGCAUUUAAAUGUUUAGGCUGCCUGGGAACAUGUUGAAUUUUCUUUAAAUACUCAAAACAAGAACAAACCAGUAUUUUUUACGUCUCCGGGGAGAUUUACUUAGUAAUAGUACGUUUACAUAGAAAUAUUACUAAUGGUUAGCCCAAUCACAAUAGAUGUGACUAUGGAAAACUUACGUUAAAAUUAUUGUGACUUCUCAAUUAUCACAGUUUAUUUGGGUAAAGACUUCACAUGUAAACGUUUUAUAAGUUCUUAUGGGAGAGUAAGGAAGAUAUCUCAUUUUUCGAGAAUUCCCAAAAGUAUUUAAUUUAGCAAUCUCCAACGAGCUACCAUAAAUAACUAUCCAGAAAACAGCUGAUCGAAACAACAAAUCGAACGUGCCAAAUAUUACUAGGCAUUUUCGCCCCCAGCGAUGUCCAGUAAACUCCCAGCACACUCUCUUUCACUUGACAAUAUGCCGUGACAUAUUCUAUCAAUUUUUACAAUAUAUCUAAUAAAAUGACACUCAUUUUACAAUCAUGUGUUGAGAACAUUGUUGUAUAUUUUGUUAAAUACUUUGAUAUCCUUUAUAAUUACCUGUAUUAUACUAUUUUUCAUUAAAAUUCAAUUUCAAAGCUUUAAACAAAACAAAAAUUUAAAAACAAUUUAUUUUUAUAAAUUAAAAACAAAUUGAUUUUUAUUAUUUUUGUUUUUGGGUUAUUUUGUGUUUUCCUAUUUAUAUAAGGCGUUCUAUGUACUGUUUGUAGUUGUUCUUAAAGUUAAAUAUAGAGUUUCUUAAUACAAUUUUCAAUUUCCCCCCGGUAUUUCUCCCAGUUUAUUACAAAAUAAACCAAAUAAGCAGGAUUAUAUCACUGCAAUUUUCAUUUGAUUUGGAAUUUUUUCUUAACAUCAAUGUCAAAUAAAUUGUCAUAAAUCGAAAAUUUGUAAUAAUGUAAAUGCUGUUUAAUUGUUGUAUUUAUAUAAAUAGUUAAAUAGCGUUCACAGAGAUCUAUCUUCAUUAUAUAAAUAUGAAAAACAUCAAAACUGAAAACUAUGCAAACAUAAACAAAAAUAUUGAGUAACGGCGAUCAAAUACUCAACAAAAUAUCUAGGUACAUACACAACACAUUACAUUUGUGUAAUAAUAUUUACGAAAUAGUUAAGGACAUUAUGUGAACACAACAAGAAAACGAACAAAAACCUUACCUGCAUUUCAUUGAAUUCCUUUAAAAAAAAAAACCUAAUGAGGCCCAUCAAACCAAUCUCUAAAAGACGAAUAACUCAAAAUCCCCUUAGAUGCAAUCUAGCAACAAAAAAGAAAACAAUAUUCAAAAACAUCUGUAUUCUUCAUUACAUAUUCACAUUUAAAUAAAAAAAAACAAAAACAUAAAACAAAGAAUAAAAACAUCAUUUAUGAAUGUAAUCAA